UCCUGCCUCCGCCCCGGCUGUCUGAGUGGCUGGAGCGUGAGCCCUGCCCACCCCAAGGGUUUGAGGUGAGCGAGCCAGCCAGGGAGUCGGAGGCUGGAGCCGGGAAGACAAACUGGGACCCACCUGCUGGUGAGCGGUGAACGAGCUCGGGAGCCACAGCCCUGACCCUCUUAACUGCCCUUUGGGCCACCAAGACUGAACCAGGGUGGGGAAGCAACGGCACCAGCAGCCAACAGCCGGCCUCGGCCUCACAGAGACAGAGCCCCUGGAGCAGUGACAGCGCGGGAGAUCCUCUGGCAGAUCCUCUGGUGCGGGGGAAGGGGAGGAAAGAGGAAAACAAAGGCGAGCCAGCCUGGCUGCCCUUCCUGCGCCUGCCCAGGAUGUGUCAGUCAGAGGCACUGCAAGGACCAGAGCUCCGCACAGCGAAAUGGUUGCAGUUUCCCCAGCUGGCCCUGAGGCGGAGGCUGGGGCAGCUGAGCUGCAUGUCCAGACCUGCCUUGAGACUGCGCUCCUGGCCCUUGACCGUCCUCUACUACCUCCUGCCCUUUGGUGCCCUCAGACCACUCAGCCGGGUGGGAUGGCGGCCCGUGAGCAGGGUGGCCCUAUACAAGUCAGUGCCUACACGUCUACUCUCACGGGCCUGGGGCCGCCUCAACCAGGUGGAGCUGCCAUACUGGCUGCGUGGGCCUGUCUACAGCCUGUACAUCUGGACCUUCGGGGUGAACAUGAAGGAAGCCGCUGUGGAGGAUCUGUACCACUACCGCAACCUCAGCGAGUUCUUCCGGCGCAAGCUGAAGCCGCAGGCCCGGCCUGUGUGUGGCCUGCACAGCGUGAUCAGCCCAUCAGAUGGGAAGAUCCUCAAUUUUGGGCAGGUGAAGAACUGCGAGGUAGAACAGGUGAAGGGGGUUACCUACUCCCUGGAGUCAUUCCUGGGCCCACGCACCUGCACAGAAGACCUGCCCUUCCCAGCAGCUACCUCAUGUGACUCCUUCAAGAACCAGCUGGUCACUCGGGAAGGGAAUGAGCUCUACCACUGUGUCAUCUACUUGGCCCCCGGGGACUACCACUGCUUUCACUCCCCCACUGACUGGACCAUUUCCCACCGGCGACACUUCCCAGGCUCCCUGAUGUCGGUGAACCCUGGCAUGGCUCGCUGGAUCAAAGAGCUCUUCUGCCACAAUGAGCGAGUAGUCCUGACCGGGGACUGGAAACACGGCUUCUUCUCACUAACGGCUGUGGGGGCCACCAAUGUGGGCUCCAUUCGCAUCUACUUUGAUCAGGACCUGCACACAAACAGCCCGAGGUACAGCAAGGGCUCCUACAAUGACUUCAGCUUCGUGACACACGCCAACAAGGAGGGCAUCCCCAUGCGCAAGGGCGAGCACCUGGGUGAGUUCAACCUGGGCUCUACCAUUGUGCUCAUCUUCGAAGCCCCCAAAGACUUCAACUUCCAGCUGAAAGCAGGACAGAAAAUCCACUUUGGGGAGGCCCUGGGCUCUCUGUAGAGCCUCUUCAUACCAGUGGCUGCCAAGGGAUCUUUUCCAGAGAAUGAAGGAAAAUGCCAUGAGGCCAUCCUGGUGAGGAGGGAUCUGACCAUGUAUGAUUGGAAUGAUUCUACUCCCACCUGACUCAGGUGCAGACAAGAGGUUCUGUAUCCUCAUGAGGUGGCCAGAGUCCCUGCCAUGCCCUCAACGUUUGCUAUUCCCUCUUCUUCCCUACCCUACAAAGAAAAAAGUACAUGCUGGGGCUAGAGGGCAAUUGCAGUCAUUUUUGGAUCUCUUUUUAACAUUGUAUAAACUGGAGGCUCCUCCCAGCUGAGCAUGGCGUGGUUGUAACUGUUAUAAGACAAUUAGGUGGUAAUAGUGUACCUAUCUUCUUACUGUGUCCCCCCUUCACCUGGGCCAUUGUCCAUUGGCCUCUUCUGCUUUCUUUGGCCUGCACAGUGUGAAGUGCCUCUUUGGCACAGACUGUGAAUACUACCCCCAGCAGGGCUAUGCAGCUUCCUAAAAACCACUUUCUCUUCCCACAUUUGCCUCAUUGGAAAAAGCACUUUCUUUGCACUUGGAGUUGAAUGCAUCACCCUGGACCUUCUAGUGUCUUUUGAAGACAGUGACUAAUGAUGCAGACCUUUGUAGGCCCUGAUGACUGGCUUCUGGAGCUGGCCAGAGUCCUCAUUGUGGCAGAGGCCCAGCUAAAGCCAGAGGAGAGCUCAUGUUCCCCCUCCCUGUAUCCAGCCCCAAAUGAAACAUGAGAAAGUUGCUGCUAUUGAUUGAGGGCCCGUGCUAGGGGCAGAGGAGCCUUGGUGUAUGAGGGGUUGGUGCCUAGAAAACCUUUCCAACUUAACAGGUACAGAGGCCUCAGGGAGCCCUUGAGGGUUGGGAUGGGGCCAGAUCUCAUGUUGACUCUGGGGCCACUGUGGAUUUCUCCUGCAGGAGAAAUCAUAGAACUCUUUCAACUGUAUCAGUAGCACAGUAUUUUUGUAUGAAAAGUGGGAGACUUCUGAACAGUAAUUCAUUUAAUUGCAAAACAUUUUGAAAUAAAAAGCUAAAACCCA